AACUUCUGCUUUUUGUGUUUGGCAUUCGAUUGAGAUUGCAGCUGUGUGAAACGCGUCGCUCGAUAUCAAGUUUAUCUCACAUUUUUAUUUUGGUUUUAAUUUCUGAAAUAUUUCAGAUAUUGAAUAAGAUCUCAGUGUUUACUUUUGUGUUGUCUAACGUCGAAUUUGGUGUUAUAAAUAGUGCUUAUCUACAAAAUGAGUACAACCAACGAAGCUUUGACUAAAGCCAAAGUGAAACGCAAGGACCAGCAUCCUGUGCGGAAAGAGUUUGUGUCCACUAGCGAUACUCAGUAUAAAUGCAUGUACUGUACCUGGACCACUAUUAUGAAUGCAACUCGAAUGGUGAAGCACAUCGUUGAGCAUUGCCGGAGUGCACCAGCUAAAGUGAAGGAAGAAUUGGAGGCAAUCCAACAAGCGACCAUUGAAAAGGAGCGCAAUUCAGCUCUGAUAUCGGAAAACAAGAAAGACAUUCAUGGACUAUUCACUGUUGUUAGUAAUAAACGCAUCUGCAUGUUUUGCGAAUGGUCAACUGUCCGGAACCUGACACGAAUGCGAAACCACAUUGUUAUGCAGUGUCCGAAGGUUCCGGUAAAUGUGCGAGCAUGUUUUCUGAAAGAAGAGAAUGCUUCUGACACAUCACAGGUCCAAGAGCACGAGCAGGAUCAAAACCGAAAUUUCGAAUCGUACCGUGUAGUAACACUGGACGAGGAUCGUUGGGGUGAGAAUGAGAUACAGGUGCUUGAAUCAACUAACUCAGCAGCACAGGACGAAUCAGAAGAUCGGCAGGCAGAAGAAAAUUAUCUCGAAGUUCAAGAGCUAGACGAGCGAAACUGUAGCUGGUGUGGGAAGGCAUUAACAUACGACAGUUGUGAGGUUGAAGAUGAAAGCGAAGUUUACUGUUCAUCACGGUGUUUCCAACGGCACACAGAGCACCCCCGUAAGGGAAUAACCCAAUCGAUUGAACCAACGGAACACAAACGAGUAAUGGAUUUAAAACGGCCAUUGUCUCGAGAAUCAAAUGAUCCAUCCGAGCCACCAGCGAAGGAAUUCAAACUGGUUGUUGUUUCCAGCCAGUAUCCACCCUCGUCAGCUGUUCGCGUUAAGCAAGAAAAUAUCAGAAACGGUAACGGGAUCAAGCAUAACAAUUCCGGUGAUUCGCCCACGAUGGUGGAAGUUGAUUAUACGUUGGAAGCUGACAGCGAAUCGAUACCAGAGGAUGAAUCAGCACAGCAGCAAAUGCCGUCGAAAACACCCGGCCGAAGGCAGAGCAUGGUUUUGACGCGGGCAGUAAAUGCGAGCAACAGAAGAAGAGCAGCCAUGCGGGCCUGCAGAUCAUUGCCAGCUAAAAUGGCGUCGGUGAAAAAGGCGGAAGCAGUCGACGAAGGAUCCUGUCAUUCAUUCGCCGGUGGUCACGUUUAUCCCCAGGAAGAUGUUCAUUCGGCUGAUCAUAAGCUGCAGUGGACCAAAGCGGUUAUCUCCAGGCCGGCUCCCCAGUUCGAAGCUACCGCAGUGGUAGAUGGAGCAUUUAAGAAAAUCAAACUGUCGGACUAUCGCGGCAAGUAUCUGGUGUUCUUUUUCUAUCCACUGGAUUUCACCUUCGUGUGCCCGACCGAGAUCCUCGCGUUCUCCGACAGAGUCAAAGAGUUCAAAAAGCUAAACACCGAAGUCAUCGCCGCUAGCAUUGAUUCACACUUCACUCAUUUGGCAUGGAUCAACACACCUAGAAAAGAGGGCGGUUUGGGAAAGAUAAACAUUCCACUUGUCAGUGACAUCACGCACAGCAUUGCUAAGGAUUACGGAGUGUACCUGGAUGAUUUGGGCCAUACGCUGAGGGGUCUUUUCAUCAUCGAUGACCGAGGCAUUCUGCGUCAAAUUACUAUGAAUGAUCUGCCGGUGGGUCGUUCCGUGGACGAAACGCUGCGAUUAGUGCAAGCUUUCCAGUACACCGAUAAACACGGAGAGGUGUGCCCUGCCGGAUGGAAACCCGGGCAAGAUACGAUCGUUCCCAAUCCUGAGGAAAAGAUUAAGUACUUCGAAAAGAAUCAUUAGAUAUAAAUCGGUGAAUGGCUACCUCAGCGAAGAACUACAAUUUAAAAUUUCUCAAGUACAUAAUGAUAAAAAUAUACUAUUUUUAACAAUAA